AUGGCCAUGGGGCACAGCCUCGCUGUGGGGCACAUCCUGGCCACGGGCCACACGGUUGUAAGGCACAGCAUGGCCGUGGGACACAGCCUGGCCAUGGGGCACAACACAGUCUGGGCGGGUGGCGGCUGGAGGGGCGGCGGGUGGCGGCGCACUGAGCCGGCCGUGGUGCUCCGCGCCCUCUACAACUACGCGUACCGUGCCGAGGACGGGCGACACGUGGCCAUGGCUGCUGGCGAGCAGUUCCUGCUGCUCCACAAAGCCAACGAGGACUGGUGGCAGGUGAGACGGGCCAGCGAGCCCCGCUGGGCUCGGCCCUUCUUCAUCCCUGCUACCUACGUGGCUGAGCUGGACCCUGGUGAUGCCGGGAGACAGAGCACGCUGCCCCCCAGCCAGCCUGCGGGCACAGGCCUGCCACCGCAGUGCCACUCACUGGAGGACCUGUGUGGGCCCCCCCCGGCCCCACCCCAGGAGGCCAGGCUGACCCCCACCCGCUCCAUGAGCCGCUGCGUCAGCACCAGCCAGCUGGCAGAGGGGGCCCUGCCCGUCCCCCCCCCAGCCCUGCCGCGGUGCCAGUCCCAGCAGGAGCUGCUGGCCCAGGGCACUGGGGAUCUGGCCCCCCAGGUGCCCCCCCUGGGAGCCACCAUGAUCUACUGCAACCUGGAAGAGCUGCAGCGGGCGGGGGGCCAGGCUGAGCCCCCAGUGCCAGCCGGACCCCCCCUCCAGGUUUUGGGGGCCUGGGAGCGCCACCUGGACCCCAGCAGCGGUCGCUGCUUCUUCUAUAACCCCCAGACGGGCACGACCUCCUGGAAGCCCCCCCGGCGGCACCGGGAGGCGGUGAGCCACGGCCGGACCCUCGCCCACCACAGCCUGGAGGACCGGACAGCGGCCCCCCAGCCCCCCCUGGCCCCGGUCGAGCCCCCGCCCUGCGCCCCCGCCCUGCCCACCGUGAGUUACCCCGGGCCGGCACUGACCCUGUCCUCGCAGGAGGUGCAGAAGGCCGGGCAGCUCAACAGGACCAAGAUCGCUGAGGGGGGAAGGAAGCUCAGGUGGGGACCCUCCUGGGUGGUGCUGGCCGGGAACAGCCUCAUCUUCUACAAGGAGCCCAAGGGGCCGGCACCCACUGCCUGGUGCCCUGCUAGCAGCCGCCCCGAGAGCAGCGUGGACUUGCGGGGGGCUGCCCUGGAUUGGGCCCGUGACCUCUCCAGCAAGAAGAAUGUCAUCCACCUCCGCACUGUGAUGGGUAAUGAGUUCCUGCUGCAGUCGGACCAAGAGGCCACCAUCCAGGAGUGGGCCCGGGCCAUCCGGGGGGUCAUCCGCCGGCUGGACCUGGAGAACCCCGUGGACGUGCCUGUGGAGUGGCUCCGCCGGGGGGACUUUGGGGAUCUGGUGGAGCUUAGCGGGGAAGAGGACGAGGUGCCACAGGUGCCCCCCCAUGCCCCCGACGCCUCGGAGAAGAAGCGGGUGAAGAGCAAGCUGAGGCGCUUCAUUGUCAAGCGGCCUCCGCUCCAGAGCCUGCAGGAGAAGGGGCUCAUUCGAGACCAGGUGUUUGGGUGCCGCCUGGAUGCCCUGUGCCAGCGGGAGAGCACCACAGUGCCCCGCUUCGUCCGGCUCUGCGUGGAGGCUGUUGAGGAGAGAGGCCUUGAUGUUGAUGGGAUCUACCGGGUCAACGGGAACCUGUCCGUGAUCCAGAAGCUGCGUUUUGCUGUGGACCGGGAGCGAGCCGUGACCUCGGACGGGCGCUAUGUCUUCCCCGAGCAGCUGUGCCAAGAGGAGCGGCUCAGCCUGGCAGACCCCGAGUGGAGCGAUGUCCACGUGGUGACUGGUGCCCUCAAGCUCUUCUUCCGGGAGCUGCCCGAGCCCCUAGUGCCCUACGGGCUCUUUGACUCCUUCAUUGAAGCUGUCAAGCUGCCGGACCCCCAGGAGCAGGUGGAGCGGGUGGCUGAGCUGGUGCAGAGCCUGCCCCCCCCCAACUAUGCCACCCUGCGCUACCUUCUGGCUCACCUCUGCCGGGUGAUGGAGCGGGUGGAUGUCAACCGCAUGACACGACAGAACAUUGGCAUCGUGUUCGGGCCGACGCUGCUGCGGCCAGAGCGCGAGCCAGGCAGCCUGGCGGCGGGCAUGGCCCAGCAGAACCAGGCCGUGGAGCUGCUGCUGGCACACUUUGACCGCAUCUUCCCUGCACCCCCCUGA